AUGUCUGAAAGACGAUACACCGAAUUCGAAGCCAUUCAUUGCGGCGUUCAAGCCGACAAGGGUCGAUUCCGUAUAGCACCCAACGGUAUUGGCUGGAAAGCGACAAGUGGUAAAACCACCGUCGUCAGUGCUGAAGAUCUCAAGAAAUUGUCGUGGAGUCGUGCUGCGAGAGGAUAUCAAAUGCGCGUUUUACUCAAGGAUAACAGCAUUCACAAAUUCGACGGGUUCAAAUCAGACGAUUUUGAAGAAGCCAAGGAUGCGGUCAAAAAGUAUUACAAGUUACAAUUAGAUGCAAAAGAAUUGAGCGUCAGAGGCUGGAAUUGGGGAAAAACGGAUUUCCAAGGAUCCAACUUGAUCUUUAAUGUGAGCAACAGGCCCAUGUUUGAAUUACCACUUGGACAAGCCAUUGGCACGAACAAACCAGGCAAAAAUGAAGUGGCUAUCAACUUUGUUGAUCCCGGACAGCCUGCACCAGAUGGUGUAAAUCCUAAAGAAGUCGACGAGCUGAUGGAUGUCACUUUCUAUGUACCUGGCACGGUUGCUAAAGAAUCAGAGAACAAGGAGGAUGACGAGGAGGAUGAGGAAGUGAAUGCAGAUAUGGUAUUCUACGAAACUGUUAAAUCCAAGCUAGAAUUCAGCCAGAUGACCACCGAAAACAUUGUCCAGUUCCAGGAAGUGCUUUGCUUGACACCACGUGGUCGUUACAACAUCGACAUGUACCAAGACUUUUUGCGUCUGCGUGGCAAGACCUACGAUUACAAGAUUCUUUACUCCAAUAUCAUCAAGCUUUUUUUGUUGUUGAAACCUGAUGAAAUGCACGUCAUGUUUGUGAUUGGAUUGGAUCCUCCACUGCGUCAAGGUCAAACGAAAUACCCGUUCUUGGUAUUCCAAUUUGUGCGUGAGGAUGAAAUCGAUGUCGAAUUAAAUCUUGACGAUGCUACUUUGGCAGAUAAAUACGAAAACAAGCUCCACAAGCAUUAUGAUGCACCUACCUAUGAAGUUGUCAGCACCAUCUUCCGCUCACUCACAAACCGCAAGGUGACGGUACCAGGCAGCUACAGAAGUCACCACGGUGCCCAUGCUCUGAAAUGUUCCAUGAAGGCCAACGAAGGCUACCUCUACCCACUCGAAAAAAGCUUCUUAUUUAUUCCCAAACCACCCACAUUCAUUCCCCACAACGAAAUCGGUGUUGUCACGUUUUCACGUGUGGGCACCACUUCUGGCGGCAGCUCACGAACGUUCGAUAUGAAGUUCCACAUGAAGGGCGGCAACGACAUUCAGUUCUCUAGCAUCAACCGGGAAGAAUAUGCCAACAUGGAGGACUUCCUGAGACAAAAGCGGAUCAAGGUCAAGAGUGUACAGAACGAGGAAUCCAUCAUUAGAUACACUGAGCUUGACGAAGAUGAUGUGGAAGAAGAGGACGAGGAAGAUGGCAACUUUGGUGCAAGCGGCCGAAAGAAGCGACGAACAGAGCCUGCUGUUGGCGCAAUGAUGGAUGAAGGCGAUUCAGAGAGUCCUGACGAAGACUUUGCACCUGAUGACAGUGGUAGUGAAGUGGCUGAAGAAUACGAUUCCGAAGUAGAGGGUUCUUAUGAUGAAUCCGAAAAUGAUUAA